GUUACAGGGUAUUUUUUUUUCAUUACUUUGUUCUUCAGAGCAAAUUCUGAGAGAAAAUUCUGUUGAACGCUGUGUUUAAUUUCUACAUUCAUUUUUUUUUUCUAGGGCAAAAUCAUGGAUGCGGAUGUGCAGAAUAUAAAAAAAUGGGUAGUGUUCUACCCAAUUUACAUAAAUUCGAAGAAAACCUUGGCGGAGGGGCGAAGAAUCAACGCCGCCAAAGCGUGCGAAAACCCUACCUGCGCCGAGAUUUACGAUUGCUGCAACCACCUUAAACUCCCUUGCGCGAUCGAGAGGGAGAAGGCGUACCCUAGGGAUUUUAUGCAAAUAGGGAGAGUUAGGGUUAUGUUGAAAAGGGAAGAUGGGACUCUCUGCAACCCGGCUGUUUCGUCGAGAAAACAACUUAUGAAUCAAGUUGCGGAGUUGGUCCCUCGACAUCCGGGUCGAACUAAGAAGCAAGAGGCUGCUAAGAAGCAAGAGGCUUCUUCAUCCUCCUCAGCAGCCGGUCCUUCCAAAUCUGGAAAGGGUGGAAGAAAGAAGCGAUAAUUUUUUUAAUUUACUUAAGUUGUUGAUUUAUGAUAGUCUUAACUUUGUUAAGAUAAUUUUCCAAGAUUAUCUCUUAGUAAUUUUGGUCAAGACUACAUGAAAAAGUCUCGUAUAUUUUGGUUUCAAACUAUUUUGUGAUUGAUGAUCUCCCGGGCUUAUCGUUUUUAUCGUGGACAAGACUGGUUAAUCUAAUUUGCAGGUUUG